AUGAUGAGCAAAUUCAACCGGAUUAAAAUUACGAUGGAAGUGGUGUUUAUCCUAAUCAUCCUUGUAAACAUACUAGUGUUAACCUCAUUAAUACUGGCCACCUGGGGCAAACAUGAACAAGAUAAAUUGUGGCCAGAGGUUUCACACAACGAAGCACUAGCGAUCGUUAUUAUAACUGCAAUUAUUUUAAUAUUAAACAUCGCGGGUCUGAUUGGCAUAAUAACCGAGCGCAAGUGCAUGGUGAUUAUCUUGGUGAUUUUGGUCACCUUGUCCAUUUUUUACGAGUUAAUGGAGGCCGUGUAUUUCGGGGCCCUAAUGGGUGCCUGUUUAGCCGCACUCACCAUCCAAUACAUUAUGCUUAUCAACGAUAAGCGCCGGGACUUUGACGCUCGGUAUCCCAAACCCGAAUUAAAUUAG